CUCGAGCGACCCAUGAGCGGCGGAGGAGCAGCGUCGCAACCGCAGCUGGACCGAGUCCGUCAAGCGGUGCUGAGGUCUGAAGAUGGACUGGUGGACGAGCGGUCUGGUCCUACCUCCGUACCUGGAGCUGGGCGUCCAGUCCCUCAGCAGUGUUCUCUGGACUCUGCUGCUCCUCUUCCUGUGGCACUGCUACAGGAUGGGCUCCGACCUGCCGAUGUCAGCCCACGCUCACGGUGGGAAGUCCAGCUCUAGAAGGUCCAUGAUGUCCCGAGGUGGCAGCUGCGGUGGAGCUGGUGCUCGAUCCAGGAGCGAUCAGAUCAUGGAAACGGAGGAGGACGAAGAGCGAGGUCACAACUACCUCACUCCGGUGCAGAGUCACGCCUUGUUCCCAGCUCAGGCCUCAGCAGAAGCCAAGAAACUGUAUGGGGCCCUGCAGGAGUACGCUAAGCGUUACAGCUGGGUGGGCAUGGGCCGCAUUCACAAAGGGCUCAGAGAACAGGUGAGACAGAAGGACCACUCAGCCAUUCAGAAGCCUCAUCUCUUCUUUCUGCCCGACGUCCCGAGCGUUCCCUUCUUCCCUCGCGAUGCUCAUCGUCACGACAUUGAGGUCCUGGAGGCCAACUACCCCACCAUCUUAAAGGAGUUCCGGGCUGUUUAUCAACGAGGAACGGACACCAAACAGGGCUGGACCAGUCUGACUUCCAAGGGUCAGUCUGCCUUUCCCCUCUACAGCUCCGGCAUCUGCGUGGCGGGAAACUGUCGCUCAUGUCCAUGCACCUACAGAAUACUGCUCUCCCUGCGCACCUUCAUCAGCAGCAAUUCUCUGGGAUCGGCUGGAUUCUGGCUGCUGGGGCCUGGGUCUACUCUUGGGAGCUCUUAUGGACCCACGAACGCACGCCUGCGCUGCCACCUCGGGUUGCAAACUCCCCCCCAGUGUGAGCUGGUGGUGGGUGGGGAGCCCCAGUGCUGGUCAGAAGGUCACUGCCUCCUGGUGGACGACUCCUUCCUUCACACCGUCUCCCACAAAGGUCCUCCUGAUGCGGCCCCCCGCGUCAUCUUCAGCGUCGACCUCUGGCACCCAAAUGUGGCCGCUGCGGAGAGACAAGCUCUGGACUUCAUGUUCAGCCCUGACCUCUGACUCCCGGCGGGUAUUCAGUUCCAAUCCCAGCACUGUGACUAACUGUUCUGAGCUGACUUUUUGUAAGUCACUAACCAAACUUGCUGAGACUCUUCAGUGAGAUCUGGCGACAAAAAAAAUACAGCACAAACAGCAUUCUCAUGUACGACAUUCAAUUUCAUGACUCAGCAGUUUCCUUUUGACUCUUUUUGACGGACAAUCCUUUUAUCUCCUGAAUUUAAUGUAUCCAACCAAAGUAUGCCAAAGGGUCCAGAUGUGAUCUGUGGAAUGCCUUGACUGCAUGUGAUCCUACUAACACUGUGUUUCCAGAGCCUGUGCAUGAGUUGUGAUGCUGCCUCACCACAAUACUGUGACAAUAAAUAAAUAUAUGUAUAUAUAUAUAUAUUCCCUUACACUGUUUAUUCCUGUGGUACUGUAGUAAGGACAAACUUUCGGUCAGAUUAAAUCUUAUUCUGGACGACUAAAACCGUUCCGCUGUCCCGACUAAUAAAGGUCAUAUGUUCGGUAAACACUACAGUAUCAUG